AUGAGAUCCAUCGGGUUGCUCGGUGACGUCCCCACUACGUCCGUUUUCAGUAUGAUGCCGAUGGGCUUAUCUUCAUCUUUCUCUCCCAAGCGCAAGCGAGAGCCUUCAGAGUCAGACUUCUAUAGCCCCUCGGCGUCACCCAUAUCGAUAGCCUCUAUCGAUAGUUUUCAAGAGGUUCCACUUCAGGACGAGGACGAGCUGGAAAGCUACAGUCCUCGCGCUUCAGUGGCUGGACGAUUCGGAGAGUUAGCUAUCCGUGGCGACCUUCUUUCGGACCCUGGAAGCUUUUCUGAAAACUCACGACGAGAAUCUUUGGCUCUACCGACGCAGAAAACAUGCGAGCCUGAUAGCGACAAGCUCAAUAAUAUGCCUGAAGCCCUACCGGCCACUAGUAGCGAGCCCAGUGACCGCCAAGUCCUGCGAUUCGAGCCGCCGCCCACAACGCAGGAUCCGACUUCCUCGCCCGUUUCCCCCUCAAAGAAGAAGUCUGCAGCUUUCUCUCGCAAGCAGUUGAAUCCGUCAUCGCCAUCUAAACGGAAGCAGCGACUAUCACCUCCUCUUACAGACACUCCGUCUGAAGAAGACCCGCUUGUAUGGCAUGAUUCGGAAAUAACAGGCCACAACCCAUCUGAUCCAACGGAUGAUGGAUAUGGAAUCAACGGUAUAGGCUUCAAGCCCACUGCCUCAAUUGCGUGGGAAAGAUCACAGAAGCGUCAAAAGCAAGUGGCAGAAUGGAAGAAUCGCGAAGCCCGGGAGGCUCGUGAAAGACGACGCGAAAGGAGGAGGGAUGGCGUUGAGGUAGACAAAUUGCGCGGCAUGAACGAAGGCGCCGUUCAGAAGCGCGUCAAAUUCAAUUUCUAG